AUGAAAGUCUACAGUUUGAGCUCAAGAAGUCCAGAGCAGCCCUGCCAUUUCCACGGGUGCUUGCGUCAUGCGCUGCGGGUCGCCAGGUGGCUGGGCUUCUUCCCAGUACAAGGUCUUGGAGAGAUCAGACCCGAGGGAAUUAGGUUUAAAAUUAAGUCUUUUUACAGUAUUUAUGCAGUAGCUACAUUACUGGGACAAGUGAUGAUGUCUUAUUUCGCUUUACUACUGUUCUUUCAGACUGAAGUCACUUUGAGUUCUAUAUCCAAUAUUGUUUUUUACGUAACGAGUCUUAUUACGAAUAUUUUGUUGCUAAAAUUGGCUCAACAAUGGCCGUAUCUGAUGACGAAAGCUGUGGAAACCGAACGCGGCCUUACUGAGCUGACUUUGGAUCAUAAAGUCGCCGGUCGAAGCAGUGUACUUGCUUAUUUGGUCAUGGCUUUGGCUAUGGUGGAACACAUCCUAUGCACAAGUUUCAAUAUAAAGUUCGUGAUGUACUGCCUCCAGGAGGCUGGAGUCACCACCAACGUCAUGGAGAACUAUGUGGUACAUAGAAUGCCAUAUAUCUUCAACUAUAUACCGUAUAGCUUCUUCAGUGCUAUAUUUUUUGAGUACUUGUGCCUUCAAUCAACAUUUCUAUGGAGUUUCAACGACGUGAUUAUCACAUGCUUCAGUAUCUACAUUACAGCGUAUUUCAAAACCUUAAACGCAGUUAUUGCUACUAACGUUAAAAAGGAUAAGGAUGGCAUUCCCUGGUCAAUACUUCGAGUGCAUUACUCCAACUUAGUAAAGCUGGUCAAAGAGAUAGAUGACCACAUUAGCUCAUUGAUUCUCCUGUCCUUCUUCACAGACUUGUUCUACAUCUGUCUUCAACUCUUCAAUUCUUUACACCGGAACCACGUCAGUUUCAAAUAUUGUGAUGAAACGCAAACCAACCAAGCACUAUCAUCUCCAUUCUACCUCCUUUACUACUUAUACUCCUUCGUCUUCCUGGUACUGCGAGCCCUAAUGCUGUCCCUGUUUGCAUCCAACGUGCACUGCGCGGCGCUCGAGCCUGUAUACUCCGUGUAUGAUGUCCCGUCUUCAGUGUAUGAUAAUGAGGUCCGUCGAUUUCAGUUGCAACUACACUACACUGAAGUUGGACUAAGCGGAAAGUUUUUCUACGUGACACGGAACAUGAUACUAAAGGUCGUGGGCACGAUAAUAACAUACGAAAUAGUUCUCCUGCAGUACUCUGUGACGCCAAACUCUUACUACAACGUUAGCACUACAAUACCUAGUACUAUUGAUAAUGCUACUCUUUUAUAUACAAACACAUAAGUAGAAAAAAACAAUUUCUUUGUAUAUGAUCCCUUUUUGCUAUGUGUAUAUUGAUGUUUCUAUAUUGUAAACAAUAUUUUUAGAAUAUAAUAAAACAAUUAAUUCAA